AUGAUUAAAGCAUUAAAUUUAAUUGAAAACUUGAAAAUUCGAUCUUUCCCACCGGAGGACCCUUCAGAAAUCUCUCGAAAUGAGGCUGUUUUGCGGAAAAUUUUCGGCGCUUUCUAUCGCUUCAUCUGGGCUGUUUUUGUGUCUUGGCAAGUGAACGAUUUUCUCUACAGUCCUUUGUGGAUGCAUGGAUAUGUUUGGUGCUUGAACCUUCCGGUAGACACGAAUAUGGCUGAGAUCUCGGCUGGGCCUUUAGUCCUCCAACAGCUCCGAGCGUGCCCAGAGUUGGAGCGAAUUGGGCACGAUGCGCUUAAAGUGAUCGCGGUGGCUAUGCUACUUUUUUGCACCGGCUUCUACACCCGUGUGCAAACAGUGCGGCGACUCUGGAAGCUGAGUUGCGCGGUUGGCUUUGUUCUUUUCCUCGUUCGCUCUUUGCAAAUGGAGCAUCGACUUUUUCCAUCGUUGCACGAGGCUUUUUGCUCUCAAACAGCCAUCUUUCUCAUUGGGCUCAUUUUAACGAUACAUACAAAGAAUCACGUUAAACCUAAAACGUCUGCAGAAAGCGCUGCGAUUCAACAAGUGAAUCUAAUUGGUGAGAAUUUGUGU